AUGAAUUUGGUCGACAUUGGUGAAUUUAAUUUAAUGGAUAAUCCACUUACAGAUACACUUCCUCCUCCAUCUCUAAACAUUCAUUUCUUAUCGGAGACUUUGUAUCAUGGUGAUUUCGAAAAGCAAGACUUUGUCGUCAAUAAAGAACUUAGUCUCUACAGAAACAAAUGUGGCUCCUUUGGCAUAAGCUUAGCCAUAAAAGGAUGUGAAAAGAAUGUUGAUAAAUUCGCACAAGAAGAUGUUGUGGACAUGGAGUUUGAACCUGAUGUCUACCAAGAAGAUCCUGUGUUUUAUGAGGCACAACUUGCUUAG